UUAAAGAAAAUCUCAAUAUAAUUUGGCCCUUAUCUUUUAUUAAUUGAUUUAGGACGGUUUUCGUUUUCAUAAAUAAAUGUUUUGUGUCAGCGUCAGCGUGAGGUCAUAUUCUGAGCAAAUUUCAUAACUGCGUUUUUCUGAAAUAAAAAGGAAAUCUAGGUGAAAACACAUCUUUAUAAAUGAUUUGUAAGUUAAAGUGUAUAAUUAAACGCGUAACGCAAUGACCUGCUAAAAAUAUGAGGUUACGCUACGAAAAUUCAAAUAUUUUUUUUUAAAAUGAAAAUGUUUUUAAAUCACUUAUAAAGCCGAAAGGUGAAGUUUAAAUAUUCUUAUGUACUAUUGAAAGAAUAAAACAAAAUACACAGAUUAGGAUACGAGUAACUUUACUCAGCCAAUUGUACGAGACCUGCAAUUAUUACCAGAUAUUUUUAUUACGAACAUUAUAUACGUAGAAGGUUCCUAUAACAUUAUUCUUCCAAAUUAUACAAAAUCACGAGCAUGGUUAUUAACUUUCAAGUGACUUUUGACUACAAGUGAAAACCGGCGCAUCAUUCUUGUGCCUUCCAUCUCUGGUGAGCUAUUCAUUUUUUAUUGUUAUUAAUUUGAUUUUAUCGAGUCCAUUUCCCAUUAGAGAUACAAAAUAUUAUUAUAAUGUACAUAAAUUAGUUCAUAAAAAAUGAAUAUCGCUCAUCUUAGUCGACAAGGGAAACUUUUACAUUUUUGACAUACAAAAAUUCAAGGUAAGAAAUACUUACCUGUCGAUCAUUUUUUAUAUCUGGAUGACUUUUUCAAGAAUUGAAGUUUUUUAAAUCGCGCUUUUUUUGCCGACUGUAUUAUGACAAAUUAUAAAAAAACUGAAAUUUCUUUAAAUAAAAUUCAUAACAUUAAACUAGUCAAAUCAAAUAACACUUUUAUUAUUAUUGUUACCUAUCCCUAAUGUGAAAUGGGCUUUCAACCUUAGCUAAACCAAUAUUUUACCCUCAUUUCAUAGUUGCUUGUAAUAAAUUCUAAGAUUUUAGGUAAACGCAGACUUGGCCACAUCGCACGCAUCGCAGACGCAAAUUCUAAUCACAUUUUAUGAAAUUGUAUGCUAAUCCUUGCGCACUCACUCGUAAAGCGGUUGCCGCAGAACUUAAAAAGAAGCGUCCACUGCGCCGGCUGCGGUUCUUGCGUCCCGAUUAGACUGCGUUCACCUUCAAAAUAUAGAGACGUGAGAGCAGCUGCAAAUAUAAUCAAAUCUUCUCUCGGGUCAGGCCUACUAGCUGGUCCUUUAGCCUUUUCAAACUCAGGAUGGGGUGUUGGUAUCGUAGGAACUAUUAUCAUAGGAUUCAUUUGCGGCCACUGUAUUCAUAUAUUAGUGAAAACAUCCCGCGGAUGUUGUAAAGUGGAAAAAAAGCCUUCAAUGGGAUACGCUGAGACAGCCAAAUCUGUUUUCAUGAAUGGACCGAAAUGUGUGAGACCUUUUGCAACUGCUGCUAGUAUAUUUUCCGAGUUUGCUCUAAUAUCAACUUACGUUGGCGUGUGUUGUAUUUACACUGUACUUAUAUCGGAUUCAGUGAAACAGUUGGUAGACCGGUAUGUGCCUUCAGUGGUUUGGCCUGUGGAAUAUUACUGUUUAAUAUUUUUAGUGCCACUAUGUUUACUUUGCCAAAUCAAAUAUUUGAAAUUCUUGGCAAUUUUUUCAAUAGUUGCGAAUGUCCUCCUAAUGGCUACGUACCUAAUUUGCCUGUAUUAUGUGUUUGGGAAUGACAUAAAUUUCGCUGAUAAGAAAAUAGCUGGGGAUCCGGCUAGAUACCCCGCGUUUGUCUCCACUGUCAUCUUUGCAAUGGAAGGCAUUGGUGUAGUGAUGCCGGUAGAGAAUGCCAUGAAGAAACCACAGCACCUGUUAGGGUUCCCCAGCGUUCUCUUUGUUUCUAUGUCCAUUAUCGUAUUCAUGUACAGCACCCUGGGUUUGUUUGGAUACUUCCAAUAUGGAGAUGUAUUGAGAGGUUCUAUCACUUUGAACUUGCCUAUAGAUGAUUGGCCAGCAGUGUGUGCAAAAAUUUUCAUAGCUUCGUCCAUUUUCUUCACGUAUCCUCUGCAAUUCUUCAUCGUUAUGGAUAUCUUCACCAAGUACACUGAUCCUCACAUUAAUCAGAAGUACAAGAUGACCACCCAAGUGGUGGCUCGGACCGUGGGCGUUUGUUGUUGUGUGGGCAUCGGUGUCGCCUUGCCGCUACUUGAGCAGAUCAUAAACCUGGUGGGAGCCGUAUUCUACGCUAUCCUGGGUUUCAUCAUCCCAGCUGUCCUGGAGACGGUGUUCAGAUGGAAUGACCUAGGGAAAUACAACUGGGUCCUGUGGAAGAAUAUCCUUCUCCUUAUAUUCGGAAUCGGCACUUUGUUGUCUGGCUGCACUGUCACUAUUAUGGAUAUUGUCAAAAUAUUACAUAGUAAAAGGGAAUGAAAUGUUGUAGAUUUGUUUUUUAAUUGCGUAGCAAUAUUAUUUUUUAUUUUUUUAUUAAUUAUUAAUUGCGAAACUAUAAUAAGGCUUAAAAUUACAAUAAAAACAUUAAAUAAACACUGCAAAAAUAUGAACGACAAAUAAUAAUAUGUCGAUAUAGAUCUUUAAUUUAUAAAUUAAAUAAUGAUAAAAAUUUAAAUGAAUUGGAAAUAAACAUAAAAUUCAUAAUGACAUUCAGAUUAUUAUGAAAGUUAUUUACUUAAGUAUGUAAGUAAACAAAUUUUUCGUAUCAAGAUAGUCAUAAAAAUAUUUGGGUUUUAGUUACAAGGUACCUAAUAUAAAACUUAUCUCAAAUUAUACCAAUGUAGACGCAUGAUAUUUACUGAUAGGCUAGGUUCGUGUAAUUUUUUAUAUUUGUCACGCUAUAGUAGAAGUGCCUUGAUUUAUUAGAUUUAUUACUGAGGUAGUGUUUAAUCCAGCUCAAGUGUUUGUCUUAUGACUUAUCGGUAGUCUUAAUUUUUCCGAUAAUCAAUAUUAUCACUAUGAACUGCACUUAAUUAUUGCAAUACAUUAUUAUCUCUCAACAACUCUACUUCAAAAUGAGAGUUUCGAAACAAACAAUAUGCGUAGACGUUAACCGACAUUGCUCACAGCAAUAUCCUGUAAGAAUUGCAAAUAAAUUUAUUUUAUCCUAAUCUUAGUCUUAGUGAUGUUAGUGUAAAUAUUUGUAACUAUACGUUUAGUGAUAUCACGGUGAUAACAUAAUGAAAGAUAUUAUAAGGAAGAUUAGUUACAAUCCGUUUGAACACAGAGAACAUUCCAAAUCUGUUAAGUAUGUAUGAAUUUGUUUUUGUAAGUGGGUUAAGUUCAAAACUGUUGCUUAUUAAACAUUUUGAAUAUCUUAUUUUGUAAUAUAUGGAAAAUAUAUAUAUAUAUUAAACCCAUUACGUUGUAAAAUUGCACUUAAGUAAAAAAAAUGUACGUGCUAUUUUUGUGAUCAAAGUAAAACCUCUUCAAUAGUCUUGAGAAUAAUGUAUUAUAGAGAGAAAAUCAAAUACAAAGAGAUGGACUUGUUAAUAAGAGAAAUAGAAGCAGAGUAUAAGACUAUUAAUUUGUGGUACUUGUAUUUAGCUGAACCACUUAUCAUUGUUAAAAUCAAUGUACCUGAGUUUUUUCUGCCGUAUUAUCAAUUAUAGUAAUUACUAGGGAUGGUAUUAAGAGAAACAUCAGAAUGUUAUAGAGUUAGAUAUAAUUGUACCUUAAUUUAUUUUUUUGAAUGUUUCAAAAAUUUUUAAUUAAAAUGUUUAUUAAAAAUAUAAUGAAAUUGUCAUAUUUUAUUCACAUUUUAUACUUUUGCCUUUCAACUAUGAUAACACAGGCACUUCUGCACACGCACUUCUGCUUACGAUAGUUUUU